CUGCAUGGUCGCAGCGCUCAGCCUGGCCCAUUCUGCCCAGACGCAGCACCCGCUCAGUACCCGAGGCGCAGUCGCUUGGGGCCGCCGCCAUCCCGCGGGCGAGCCUCCCGGGCAUUGGCUCUCCCGACCCGCCGCGGUCCGUUCCAACCGCCGCCCGCCCCAGGUAGCCGUCCGGCCGGAGACCAUGUUCGACAAGACGCGGCUGCCGUACGUGGCCCUCGAUGUGCUGUGCGUCUUGCUGGCUUCCAUGCCUAUGGCUGUUCUAAAUUUGGGCCACAUAUAUCCAUUUCAGAGAGGCUUUUUCUGUACUGACAGCAGCAUCCAGUAUCCAUACCAUGACAGUACCGUCAGAAGCGUUAUACUCAUCAUAGUGGGGCUUGGCUUACCCAUCUCCUCUAUGAUUGCCGGAGAAAGUCUGUCUGUUCACUUUAAUACCUUGCAGUCAAAUUCCUUUGUCGGCAAUCACUAUAUAGCCAGUAUUUACAAAGCCAUCGGAGCCUUUUUGUUUGGCGCCGCAGCCAGCCAGUCCCUGACUGACAUUGCCAAGUAUUCUAUAGGCAGACUGCGUCCUCACUUCUUGGCUGUUUGUGACCUUGAUUGGUCAAAAAUCAACUGCAGUGAUGGUUAUAUUGAGAACUACAUCUGUCGAGGUAACGAAGAAAAAGUCAGGGAAGGCAGGUUGUCCUUCUACUCGGGCCACUCUUCGUUUUCCAUGUACUGCAUGCUCUUUACAGCGCUUUAUCUUCAAGCCAGGAUGAAGGGAGACUGGGCAAGACUCUUGCGCCCCACACUGCAGUUUGGUCUUGUUGCUUUAUCCAUAUAUGUGGGCCUUUCUCGAGUUUCUGACUACAAACACCACUGGAGUGACGUGAUGGUUGGACUCGUCCAAGGAGCCGUGGUUGCAAUAUUAGUUGCUGUGUAUGUAUCAGAUUUCUUCAAGAACAGACAUCCUUAUGCAGAAAGGAAAGAGGAUGACUCACAUACGACUCUCCAUGAAACCACCACCUCAAACGCGUACUCAAACAAUCACCAGCCUUGAAGGGUAUGGAGGAGCUGGUCAGCUUUCUGAAGGAAACCGCUAGAAGGAGGCGGCGGCGGCGGGAGGAUGCAUAUUACUUUCCGGUGUAUAGGCCAUUGAAGGACUGCUGCUAUACCUCUUGGAUUACCUACUUUACCUGUGUAUAUAACACAAUGAGUAUCUAAUAGCCCGAUUUAAAAAAAUAUUCAAGCCUUCCACUAAAAACACUGCCCCACCUGUACAUUUUUUAAUUGAAAGAUGCUAUGUACAAAUGUGUAUGUUACAUGCCUUCUUAGAAUGAUAUCUGAUUUAAGUAUAAUAAAAUGCUUGAAACAAC